AUGGCGACGCCGAUUGUUUCUCGACCAUCCAGUCCGACGCCCUCCCAGCUGCCUCCGAUGCCAGAGUCUCCCGUCUACUCUCUCGCGUCGACUGCUCUGCCGCUGUCUCAGUACAACCUGCCCUUACCGCCUCCCCCACGCCCGUUGCAUGCUGUCAUAACAAACGCAGACCUCGAGCGCUCCCAGGAGGCGUAUGCGGACCUGUUGACUUCGGCCAAGGCCUAUAGGGUUGCUCUCGCUGCGCUAUCCACGGCUGCGUCUACCUUUGGCUCGGCGUUGGAAGCAUGUGCGAGACUUAAAGAGGCCCGGUCAGAGCCCAUUGGCCCCGCUGGGGCUACCAAUAUGACGGCCAGCUUCACCACCAAAGGUCAAUGCACGGCGGAUACCCUCAUGUCUGCAUCCGGAGUGCAUCAUCUGAUUGCAAACCACCAGCAGAUUCUGUCCGAGACGGUCUACCGCUCUUUCGAGGUACCCCUGCUCCACGAGCUCGACAAGUGGCAAACCGUCAUUGGAGACGAAGAGGAGACGUAUCAGCAGAGCAUCAAGGCACAGAGCAGAGAGGUUAAGCGCCUGGAAAAGGAAGGCCUAAAGUUGCAUAAGCAGAGGCGCCGGGACGUUGCCCGGUUCAGAGCCCAUCUCGUCGAGUUGACUUAUAAGCUCGACGGGUUGACGAGUCUACAUGGGGACCAUGCGAGAACACUGCUGAGGGAAAGCCAAGAGACGAGCGCGCGUAUUGUCGAUGCUAGUUGUAGUCUUGUGCGAGCCGAAGUGGACAUAUUCGAAAGCCUGGCCAGAAAGGGUUGGAGCGGCGGUGGCCUGGAUGACGUCCUGGAAAAGGGCCAGGACUUGUUUGCAAUUGAGGAUGAUGGCAUCCACGGCGCUGGUGCAAGCGGUGGGGAGGGGGUUAAGCUCUUCUCUAUCCUGCCGCCGAAGAGCAUCCUUGCCGACACGACGUCCGAACCACGAAGCGAGAGUUUGCUGAUGGACGCGGAUCGUUAUCAGGCGCUUAACGCCAUGACCUCGGACCCCAAACCAAGCGGUGACUCUGAAAGCGUCUUCUCGGCUGACUUUAACAAGCCGCGCAAUGCCCGCCCCUUUUCUCCACAGCCGAUUCGGAGGGCACAUACCGACGUGACAUAUGACUUGCUGGAUAAUCUUGUAGGCCCGUCGUCUCUUACUCUCCAGGACGACCUGUUUCCUCCGAUUAUGCAAGAGGGUAUCAAGGAGGAGGAGGAAGCGGGCGAGGUUGACAAUGAAAUACACGACAGAGACGAAGACCCGUUGGAACCGUUGGAGCCGCUGGAGCAAGUAUGGAACCAGACGCUCUCGGAUGCCGACAGCGGGGAGCAGACUGAGCGAGAAAUCGUGGAUGAAGCAGAAGAACCUAGGCAUGAAGAGGAGGAAGCAGAAGAGGAAAGGGGAAGACUGCCGAGGUUUGACUCCCACUUUGACGACAGAGACUCGCUCAAUCCGAUGAACGAUUUGGAGCUUUCUCCUGAGGCGACAUAG